UGCAAGUUAAUAUUCCUGAAACCAUGUCAUCUGCUCGUUUGUACCUCCUUGUAGCUCUUCUCUUGCUCUUCUUCUUUAACUUCCAUGGAAGCAAAGCCAACUUUUUGGCCUCAACAAAUUGCCCCAUAUACAGAUGUGAUAAUGAGCUUGAUUUUCACUACCCUUUUUGGAAAAUCGAAGACUCCACAGCCCAUCAACAUUGUGGAUACCCUGGUUUUGGUCUAACAUGCUCAGAUUCUGGAGAGCCUAUACUGACUCUACCAAAUGAUUCAUUCAUUGUUAAAGACAUAAACUUUCCUACAUCCACCAUCACCCUUGUUGACAUUGACGUUGUUAAUCAAACAUGCCCCAGGGCAAGACACAGUAUGAGUGUAGGCACGCUCCCAUUGGAUUACUCCCCAUUGGAUGUGAACCUGAGCUUCUACUUCAACUGCACUUCCUUUCCUGAUCCUGUUGUGCCUCCCAUAACCUGCUUGGGAUCGCACGGUACCAAAAAGUCUUAUGUGAUCACGGAGGGAGAGGAGCCAUAUGGGUUUGAGUGGUCGGAAUAUUGUGCGGAGAAUGUGGUGGUGACUGUGAAAAAAACAGAGGAGAUUACUAGAAGUAUUGGUGAGUUGAUUGGUGCAUUUGGAUUGGCCAUGAACAAUGGGUUUGUGCUUAACUGGACCAUGGAUAAGGAGUGCGGUUCCUGUGAGACUAAUGGUGGGUUCUGUGGCUACAACAACACUGCACCAGAGAUUCUGUGCUUUUGCAAAGAUGGUAGUAUUGGUACCACAAGCAAUGGCCUCUGCAAGAAAUUAGGCACUAAGUUCAACUGGAGAUUGAAGGUUGUCAUAGGCGUAGUUGCUACUAUUGCAGGAACUGGUAUCCUAGUGUUUGUUAUUCUCUUCCGUGGUAUUUCACUGAUUAGUGAAAAUGACAAUGGAGAUGCCGAGGCCUUCAUUCAGAACAUUGGACCUCUAGCAGUAAAAAGAUACAUAUUUUCGGAUGUAAGGAAAAUGACCAACUCAUUUAAAGAUAAACUAGGUCAAGGCGGUUAUGGUGACGUGUACGAAGGUAAGCUAUUGAAUGGUUGUCGUGUGGCUGUGAAGGUUCUUAAAGCAUCCAAAGGGAAUGGAGAGGACUUUGUUAAUGAGGUUGCAAGCAUUAGUAGAACUUCCCAUGUUAAUGUGGUCACUCUUUUGGGGUAUUGCAUUGCAGGUAAGAAAACAGCGCUCAUAUAUGAGUUCAUGCCCAAUGGAUCACUUGAGAAGUUCAUAUACAAAGACAGUAAUCUUUUGACAAUCACUCCACACUUGGAAUUGGAAAAACUCUUCCAAAUUGCUAUCGGGAUAGCUCGAGGGCUGGAGUACUUGCACCGUGGGUGCAACACACGAAUCCUGCACUUUGACAUAAAACCACAUAAUAUCCUUUUGGAUGAAAACUUUUUCCCAAAGAUUUCUGACUUUGGUCUUUCUAAACUUUGUACAAGGAAGGAGAGCAUUAUUUCAAUGUUGGAUGCUAGAGGGACAAUAGGGUAUAUGGCUCCAGAAGUGUUCUCCAGAAACUUUGGAAGAGUGUCUGCUAAGUCCGAUGUCUAUAGUUAUGCAAUGAUGAUUCUGGAGAUGGUUGGAGGAAGAAAGAAUGUUGAUGCUCGAGUGAGCCACACCAGUGAAAUUUAUUUUCCAGAUUGGGUUUAUGAGCAUCUUGAGCAGGGCAGCAAUUUUGGAUUGCUCAGUGCCGCGACAGAAGAGGAAAAGGAACUUGCGAAGAAGAUGUUCUUAGUGGGAUUGUGGUGCAUACAGACAAAGCCAUCAGAUAGGCCAUCCAUGAGUAAAGUGAUUGAAAUGUUGGAAGGAAGCACUGAAGCCUUGCAAAUACCACCAAAGCCUGUCCUAUCUUCUCCUGUACAGCAAUUCAGCACAGACAAAUCUAAAAGCAUUGUUUAGCUACUGUACAUAAACAUACACAAGCAGUGUAAUGUACAAGAUCUUAUCAGAACCUCCAACACUGUAGACUGCAUUUUUUAAACUUUUGCAUUGAAGAUACAAAUGGGGAUAAUAGGACAAUCAAUUGUCCUGAAUUGGUGGUUUCAGUUAUGUGUACGUUUUAGUUUUAAUUUUAAUUUUAGUUCAACCGGCUUGCUUACUUCAAUAAGAAAAGAAGCCCUGUGCACGGAGAUGGGUUAUAACUUCAGUUCUAACAAUCACUGCAUCCAAGUUUAAAGCUUAGCAAAAGUCGACCCCAUUAAUCGUACUAUAGUCUACUUCGACAAAGGGAAAUACAGGACAAUCAAAGAUGCUUCGACAAAGGGCAAAUGUCCCAGAUGAGAGAAUAUGAAACAUUUCAAUUGCAAUGUAGUCUGUUUUGCAGGUUUUGUUCUGGUUGUCUACCUUGGGUUGUGUUCUGAGUUGUUUACUCUUCUAGAUGAAUUCAGAAGAGAUCCGAUUCCUUUAAUAUAUGUAAUCGCUUAUGGUAAUCCUUGUAAUAUUAUGGGUUUGCUUUAUAAACUGUCUACUAGGUCAAGUAGAAGCUUUCACUCU